CUGCGGCCGGAGGUGAGCUGAGGCACUCUACCACCCUCCUCACUGGCCCGUGGCACCUCACACUGGCCCGUGGCCCCUCACACCGGCCCGUGGCCCCUCACACCGGCCCGUGGCACCUCACGGCCCAGGGCCACGUGCUCCAUCAGUGCCUCCCUCACGUGCGCUCCUACCACGUGUGAUUAGAAAAAAAAUAAUAGAUGAUAAUGUAAAUUACAAGUGAAAGCUUCGCUAAGCAUGUCUCCGGCCGGCGCAUUGAGGCGUGAGUGUGCGUGAGAGAGAGUGCGAGAGUGCAGAAGCUGGUGCGACGGAGGUGGAGGCGGAGAGCCAGGUAAAUGAGCGGACAGGUAGCAAGCGGGUGUCAGCGGUGCACUAUGGAGGUAGGCGGAGGAAGCGACCACCAUCGCCUCGUACUCUGACACAACCAGCGCCACCAUCUCCCAUGGGUCGCCAGGUGGUUCCGGUAACAAUGAGCGAGGACGGCGGGCAGGCAGCUGGCGGCCAGGUGGUGAUAGUGUGCGAGGACAAGGCCACCAGCACCGACGACGAGCUCCUCGGCUCUCCCUCGGCGGACGAUGUCUUCGGCCCCGACAACUGUUUCCGGUACAUGGCCCACACGGCCCAGCUGUGGGGGGCGGACCUGGUGGGCCUCGAGCGCCCCCACAGCGCCCGUGGGGGGCGCUACCUCCGCCACCAGGAGUCCCUCAGCAGCAACAGCGACGUCUCUCGGCCGCACCGCCAAGUCAAGCUCCGGAGACAACGGGCGUCGGAGUCCGGCGACACCGACAAGCGGCCGAAGACGAGGGAGCUGAGGCGGCAGUGGACCACCGACUCCUCCGACUCCGGGUACUCCAAGCGGUACUCGCGGGAACUGCGCCGCCAGGACACGGAGGAGUCGGCCGACUCUACCAGACGACUCAUCCGUGACCUACAGCGCCAGCCGACCACCGAGUCGUCGUCGUCGCUACGACUGACGCGUCAGUCAUCUAUCCGCAGCGCUUCCGACAACCAAAGCCUCUGUCUCCUGCGACAGUCAACCGUCGAGACCUACGACGACAUCUCCACGACCGACUUUUCCAGGCCGCAGUCGUGCAACAGCAGCCGGAACCCCAGCGCGGCGGGCGCCAUCACGGACUACCCCGCCCAAACCCCCACUGACGCCGCCCAUCACCACCCACAAGCCGCCGCCGCCGCCUGCGGCCACACCGUCCUCACCGAGUAUGCCGCCCCAGGUCACACCCUCACCUACGACCCGCAGGACCUCCGUGACCUGGUCAACGGGUACGACUACACCGUCGGUGCCAUUCCUGCCAGGGCGAGAGCCCCGCUGCUCUCCACAGCCUCAUGCUCCCUCAUAAAUCUCAGCGCCGUGGACCUGGAGGCCGCGGAGAUCACGGAGCUCCACAAGAGCCUCCGGGCGCUGGGACCCGCGGCCCAGACCAAGACCAGGCGGAAGAGGUCUCGUCGGGGGAGCGAGACCGAGGCCCUGAAGCAGGCCAAGGAGCGAGUGAGGCGACGGAAGGAGGACGAGGAGAUGCCCCGCAAGGUGAGGUGGUCCAUCAUGGCCACCGGCCUCAUUCUCCUCCUCAUGUCCGUCAUCCUGGUGGGGGCGACGCUCAAAAUGGCGCCGCUCAUCGACGAAAUGGUGAGGAAGGAGAACUUAGAAAUCCUGCGGGAGCUGCAGGCGGCCUCCUCGGGGGGCAACACAAGCAUCACCACCGUGUCGCCCACCAGCACCUCCCCGGGGCACACCAGCACCUCCCCGGAGCACACCAGCACCUCCACGGGGCACACCACCACCACCUGAACCACCUCUCCCACUCACUCGGUCUCCAGCUAGCCCACUCACCCGGUCUCCAAAACAUUGGGAGUGUGUGCGCGCGUGUGUGUGUGUGUGUGUGUGUGUGUGUGUGUAUGUGUAUGUGUAUGUGUGUAUGUGUGUGUGUGUGUGUGUGUGUGUGUG